AUGAUGUCGCGCUCAGAAAAACUGCUUGAAUUAGCGAAACGAAAAUUUAAAGAAAGUAAUGCUUUGGAAUUAGAGAGUUCCCGGGACUCUACGUUUUUAACUAAUAAUGACUUUUCCGCUCAAAAUGAUUAUAGUUCUCCUGCUCCCUCAGGUGUUACGCGGACUGUGAAACAAAUGACUGACGGCGGUAGUGAUUCUGACUUAGAAUGGGAAGACUUUGAUAGUGAUGACUCUGUGAAAGACAAAACUUAUCAAUGUGAUUCGAAUGAUGGAGUAGUGAUCAAACCGAAAAGGAGUUCCCAAGGAAUUCCCAAAGAAUUCACAAAGAACAAUAAGAAGAGUGAAGUUAUUGGCAAAGAGAAAAGCAAGAUAAAAAUUAUUAAAUGGGUAGACAAAAGACCUGUUACUAUGAUCACGACACAUCCUACUCAUAAUGCUACACUAGUACCUAUAGGAACUUCCUCGAAAUUCAAAGUUAUGUUUGAAUUACUACUGGGCACGACUGUGGUGAAUUCGUGGAUUGUUUAUAACAUGGUUUCUGACACAAAGCUGAGCAUUAUGGAAUUUAGAAAACAACUAGCUAAAGAUCUAGUAAUAGAACAAGCGGAAGUUCCAAAGCAGCCAGUUCCAUCGAGAAAGAGGCAACACACUUUCGUGAAACCUGAAGGUCCAGGAAGAAAGAAGAAAAGACCAUGUACGGGAUGUUACAAAAAGUUGCGAAUAACUAUGACGAGUCGCGAGGCUGACAAAAAAGUCUGA